CCAUCUGGUGUCUCCUCCAAUUGGGAAAAGAAAGAAAACGAAAACUCCGAAGCAGGCAAAUUGCCGAAGGCAUUAAACCCUAGCGGCGCUGUUACACUGUGAGCGCACCGUUUGCGGCGCACAUAAACGUAUACUCUCGUUUUGGGAUUCUUGCUCAUCUUCUCUACCGCAGAAGAGAUGGCGGAGACUGAGAAAGAGGUGGAAGAGGGUCAGAACCUGAGGCAGAAGCACAAGGGGAAGCACGACAAGCCAAAGCCGUGGGAUGACCCCAGCAUCGAUCACUGGAAGGUUGAGAAGUUCGACCCUUCAUGGAACGAAGGAGGCAUGCUUGAAGUGAGCACUUUCUCGACCCUGUUCCCUCAGUACAGAGAAAAGUACUUGCAAGAAUGCUGGCCAGUUGUCAGAAGUGCACUCAAAGAAUACGGCGUAGCUUGCGAGCUGAAUUUGGUUGAUGGAUCCAUGACAGUUUCAACAACUAUGAAAACAAGGGAUCCAUAUAUUAUAGUCAAAGCUAGAGAUCUUAUUAAACUUCUGUCAAGAAGUGUUCCUGCACCCCAGGCAAUUAAAAUUUUGAAUGAUGAAAUGCAAUGUGACAUAAUCAAGAUUGGAAACUUGACCCGGAGCAAGGAUAAGUUUGCUAAGCGGAGGCAACGUCUCUUGGGUCCCAAUUCUUCUACUCUGAAGGCUUUGGAAAUUGUGACUGGAUGCUACAUUCUUGUCCAGGGAAACACUGUUUCUGCAAUGGGUUCAUUUAAAGGGCUAAAACAAGUGCGGAGAAUUGUAGAGGACUGCAUAGAAAAUAAAAUGCAUCCAUUGUAUCAUAUUAAGAUCCUCAUGAUGAAGAGAGAACUGGCGAAAGAUCCGUCACUGGCAAAUGAAAAUUGGGACCGGUUUCUUCCGAAGUUUAAGAAGAAGAACGUCAAACAAAAGAAAGCUAAGAUUAAAGAGAAGAAAGCUUAUACACCAUUUCCUCCUCCGCAGCCUCCUAGCAAGAUUGAUUUACAACUGGAAAGUGGUGAGUACUUCCUGAGUGAAGACAAGAAAUCAGCAAAGAAAUGGAGAGAAAAACAGGAGAAGCAAGCAGAAAAGGUUUUCGAAAAUAAGAGAAAACGGGAUGCAUCUUUUAUUCCGCCUGAGGAGCCUUUGGAAAAGGACACUCAUGUUGCUAGCAAUGAUAAAAAUGAUGUGGCGGCAGUAACUGAGUCUUUGAAGAAAAAGGUAAAGGAGUUCGGACAGCAAAGAUCGAAGGAGAACAUUGACGCGGAAGAGUUCAUCGCAGCGCCUGCAGGGAAGCCAAAAAAGAAGAAAUCCAAAAGCACUUAGCAUCAAUAGGUGGAUUGUAGUUUUUUAUUGGAUCCAAGAGAUUCUUGCAUAAUGCUUUGCUGCACUUCCUAAGGUAACAUUAGUGGUUGUAUUCAUGGUACAAUUCUAUGUUCGUUUUUUGCGCUUGAGCGGGAGACUUUCGGGUACAGCUUCCCUACCUUUUCUUGGUAGGAGUAAGGUCUACCCUACACCCUAUCUUCGAACCUAGUUUGUGAAAUUUUAUUGGGUUAGUUGUUCUCUACUUCCUGUCGGAGUACAUAACGAUGUGCCAUAUGUUGAAUCCAAGAACUGCCUUGUACAAACAAAGUACCUACUAUAUGGUUUCAAAGAUUUGGUAUCAAAGCUUUUGACGAAUCAACACGUUGUCUAAUG